UUUGAACUUUAAAAUGUUAUAAAGGCAGCCCGGGUUAGGACGCUUAAAGGUUUAAAGGCGUGCGGAAGAAGUGAGUCUCGGAGGAAACUUCCUGAUAAACGCUGGCAAACGUCGUUAAAUUUCGAGGCUUCGCGGUGAAAAAGCCCCGUUUAAAAGUCGUUUUUUCCCCGACGAGCCGCAGUGGAUGGCGGCUGUGGUAGAAAAGCACAGUGGGUGUCAAUAUAAAGUGACGGCCAUAUUUGCCGGUGCCGCUGUUGUAAACAAAAAGUGAGACAGACGCUUCACUGAAUUUCGGGUCAUUUUUAUUUCUUUAAUUUACAAUGUCUUUGGGAAUGUCUUACAAACCCAACGUCCAUCAGCACAUUCCGGGAACUUCUGGGAACCAGGUUGGAAACCUCCCCUCUCCCUCGGCCGCUAACCUGGCCACGCUGCAGUCCUACAGGCCGCUGCUCAGCGACUAUGGACCUCCAUCUCUGGGAUUCUCACAGGGCUCCACUGGCAGCCAAGUGCCUCAGAACAAAUAUGCAGAGCUGCUGGCCAUCAUCGAAGAGCUGGGAAAGGAAAUCAGGCCCACGUACGCCGGAAGCAAAAGUGCAAUGGAGAGACUGAAAAGAGGCAUCAUUCACGCCCGCGGGCUGGUCCGCGAAUGCCUGGCCGAGACGGAAAGGAACGCCAGAUCUUAGCCGCCGCCGCCCGCCGCCCUGCAGAAGUCACGUUUCACGGAGAACAGAAACAUAACUUGCAUGGCAUUUCCUUUGCAAGGAGGAAGUAAAUGGAGAAAGGGUGGAAAAGAAAGCUAAAAUAAUACAGUAAUACAAUAAAUGCUCCUGAAGGUUCUGGAGGACGACUUAAAUCAUGUGUGGGUUUUUGGGAAUCAAGUGUGAGGACGUCAUGUUUGUUCUUUUUGUUUAACUUCUUGUUUUAUGCCCCUCUUUUGGGAUCUAAGUUGGAGUUCAUGUUUAAACCGUUGUUUUUUUGCAUGCGAACGGGCCUGGGGGGUGUGGGGGUUAAUCGUAGACACUGCAUGGGUUGUACAGAAGUAGACAAAAAGGACUUUUUUUUCUGGGAUAGAAUUUGGUCUGUUUUUCAGACCUUUCUAACACAUGAUUGAGUGAACGAGGGACAGGUAUGCCGGAGGCAUUGGUUCAUCCAUGUUGAAGUUGGUUUUGGUAUUAAAAGAAACAACAACAAAAAAAAGGAAAAUGCUGUAACUUGCAUCUUUGUAUGUAUUUAUUACUCUGUGUAAUAAAUUGUAUUUUCAAUACA